AUCCGAUAGAAUAAAUACUCUAAGAAAACAAUACGACGCUUUUCUUGAGGAUGAUAAAAAGCGAAGGGAUCGUAAUGAAUAUAUUUUGGGGCGCCUUGAAGAAAUGCGAUCGCCUGCAGCUCUUGUCAAAGUAUAUCAUAAGGAAAGUGCACACGUAAAAGACAAUUGCUUGCCUAGUCGAAGAAUCCCAGACUACUUAAAUGACCCUCCAAGAAUGGGGGAACAUUUAAGAAAUUUUCAAAGUAAUACAAUCGCUCCAUCAGAUUGUCUCACGAAACAAUUUGAAUCAUCUAUAUUAAAGGAAAUUAGUAAAAAUUACAUACUUAUUCCAAAACUACAACCAAGCCAUUCAAGUGGUCUAACAUAUCUUAACCCUCCUACUGAAAAUGCUGACGCCGAUUGGAAAAGCAAGUACAAUAUUUUAAAUGAACUAAAGAAAAGUGAAAAAGAAUCUUUACCAGAUAAAGUAAGCGAUUUUAUUUUUGAAGACAAUCAAAAAGUAUCAUCUGAAGAACUGGAAGUUAAGCAACAAAAUAAAGUAAACGACGAUACAGCUAGAGCUGAUAAUUUAAAAUAUUGUAAUGUAAAAACCCCAAAAUAUGAAUUAAAUCCAAUUAAAAUGAAAGUUAAGAAACAAAAUAAAGUAAACGACGAUACAGCUAGAACUGAUAAUUUAAAAUAUUGUAAUGUAAAAACCCCAAAAUAUGAAUUAAAUCCAAUUAAAACGAAUUCUAACACAGUUGAAAAAGACUUCACCGACAGUACAGCAGAUUAUGAAUCUCAUGAUAAACGGGACGAUACUAGUCCAUCAAUCGAAUCUUCCAACAAACUCAUAUCGCAUUACAAAGAAUCUUACAAAAACGGUCAAUAUGCACCUACUACUGAUAAUAAUAUACACAAAUCAGAAGUUUCACAUCAGUUUGAGCCUAAUUUUGGAGUAAAUAGAAACUUAGAAGUGUACAAUAGUGUUGAAAAUCAUGAGAUUCCUCAAGAAAUAACAAAUAUGGAUAUUAACAACACAAAAAAUCAAUGGGAAGGAAAAAGCGAUGAACAACAUUUUGAUAAUGAAUCAUUUAAUCAAAAUAAUUCGGAACAUCUUAACCCAGAAUUUAAAGAAGAUAUUUCAUACAAUGAAAAAAUAGAUACUCGAAACGUAAGUGAGAACUUUGAUAUUAAUUUCUCAGGCGGGUUUCAGGAAAAUUCUAAAGUUGAAAAUGAGCCAGAACUCAAUAAUAUUCAAAAACAUGAUUUAAAAGAAGCCCCUAUUAAUAGUGAUCAAAAUACGAAUGCAGAAGUGAAUGAACUCGAAAAAGAACAGAGCGAAAUGUUUUACACGGAAAAUUCUGAAAAAUAUGAUGAAAGUAAUGUAGACAAUGUGGAAAAUAGCGUAGAUAAUGAAAACUAUACAAAUGAUCAAUACCCUUAUUAUGACGAAUCACAGCAGGAACAGCCAUACACAACUGAAAUUAAUGAACAUGAAGAAUCGACAGAGUGUUAUGAUCCCAACUACGACCAACAAUAUACCGAAAAUUAUGCCAAUGUACCUAAGUAUGACGAUCAGCAAUAUGAAGUUGAAAAUUCUUAUGAAAAUCAGCAGGAUACAAUAGAGUCCACUGUAAACUACGAAGAAGUGCCACCAAGCAAUGAUAAUGUUGAACAUUUAACAACUGAGCAUAAUAUGGAUAUCUCUUAUCAGAAUCAAGAAGCAACUGAAUACAAUUUAGAAAACGAGAAUUACGAAUCUCAAAAUUUUGAUACGAAUGCACAGGAAUAUUCAACAAUAGUUUCGAAUGAUCAAGGUCAAUAUGUAAGUGACCAAGAAUACAUUCAAGUGAAUACUGAACAAGAUACUGUUAAAGAAAUGGAAGAGGAACUAGAUGCAGAAGAUGGCUACAUAAAUAAUCAAAAUAAUACAUUAAAUGAUAACACACAGGAACCUAUUAGUACAAAUAUCUCAUCUAAUAAAAAUGAAUCUAGUUUGAAGGUGUCAUAAA